CAUGGGGUUGUCGUGGAACACGCCUUUAGAAGUGGACGGACGCGGCUGUCGCGGAGCGGCGGAGUUCCACGCGUGGGGAAUUGGCUGCUGUAUAGAGCGGAGCACUGAGAUAAGAACGUGGGACGAUGGCCCUCAUGGGGGUGCAGCUGGUGGCGAGCCUCCUGGCGGCGAGCGUCAUGCAGAGGUUGGCCCCCCAUUGCUCCUUGGCCCGCUGGCUGCUCUGCGACGGCAGCCUCUUCCGCUUCAAACACCCGUCGGAAGGGGAGCUCUGCGCCUUGGCCGGGAAGCAGAUGCCCAGAGCCGGCAGGAGGGACAGGAGGCAGAACGGCGCCGGCGACGGCAAACCGCUGACCGUUCCGAAAGACAUCGACCUCCGGCUGGAGACGACCCCGGUGAACGUGGCGGACGCUCUCGUUCUGCGUUUCUUCCUCGAGUACCAGUGGCUGGUGGACUUUGCCGCCUACGCCCUGGGCGUCUACCUCUUCACCGAGGGCUACUACUGCGUCGUGGACGCCAGCAAGGAGGUGAACAUCGGCGCCAUCUGGUGCGUCCUCACCGUCCUCUUCAGCCUGAGGACCCUGCACCUGCUGACCAGCCAUUACUUCCUGUCGGAGGAAGGUGGCGAGCGCUCCGUGUGCCUGGCCUUCGGCUUCCUCUCCCUUCUCGUGGCCAUGCUGGUUCUGGUGGUGCGGGAGGACUACCUGGAGUUCGGCUUGGAGCCGGGCUUUGCUGAUCUGUUUGCGAACCUGGAAGUCUUCGCCAACCAGCGAGGCUACGAGUGGUCGGUCCCCGUGACGAAGCUCACCGUGAAGCUCUUCCUGGCGGCGGCCUGCGCUUUCAUCGGCGCCCUGCUCGUCUUCCCGGGGCUCCGUCUGGCUCAGACUCACCUGGACGCGGUUCACAUGAACGCCCACCGCCCUUUUGUACAGGUCCUGCUACACGCCAGCUUUCUGUCCCCGGUGUUGGUGCUGGUGCUGUGGGUGAAGCCCAUCGCUCGGGACUUCCUGGAGAACGCGCCGGUGGGAAAGAGCACCGUCACUCUCAUAUCCAGCUCCGCCUUCAGCUCUGUCCGUCUCUGGACCGUCGUGCUCCUCUGUGCUCUGCGCCUGGCGCUAACCCGCUACCACCUGCAGGCGUACCUCAACCUGUCGCAGAAGUGGGUGGAGCAGAUGAAGAAGGAAGCCGGCCGCAUCGCCGCCAUCGACAUUCAGAGGAAGGUCACCAGAGUGUUCUGCUACCUGACCGUGGUGACGCUGCAGUACUUGGCCCCCAUCCUGCUCGUGCUCUUCUCCACGUUGGCCCUGAAAUCUCUCGGUGAUUUCUCGUGGGGACUCGUCCCCGGCAGCCCCGGCACCGCGCCGGCCACGGCCCCUCCUACGGCCGCUCCCCCCGUCGUCCCGGGGCCGGGAGACGAAGACGACGUCGAUGAGAUGGACGAGGACAUCCAGGCCACGGUGGCGCGUGUGACAGAGGCCCUCUCAGCUCUGCGUGCCGUCCUCACGCCGGUCUUCUACCGCGGUAUCUUCGCUUUCUUCACGUGGUGGGUGGCGGCCUGUCAGGUGAUGAGCAGCCUCUUCGGCAUCUACUUCCACCAGUACCUCAUGCAGAACUGAGCUCUGGCCCCUGGGUCGCAGCGGACAGUGAGCAGGGGCCCCCUGGGCUCAGAGUAACUCCUUUGUGUUUAACCAUGAUGUAACCGCUUUACCGUGGUGCAGAAUCAUCGGGGGACAGGUGGGUUGGGGGGGGUCGAUUACAAAUUGAAGAAGGAAUCGAAUGAUGCGGUUACUGAUGUUUAUGGAUGCAUGUCAGAGGCUCUAAGUGCGGCGCUGAACCGACCGGCUUCUUUUGUGACCCAACGGCUGUAAUAACGGGGUAAACGAUGAGCAACGCCCACAUUUCACCUUGUUUAGACGUUUUUAUCAGUUUCUGGUUCCAUGCAGUGUCUGGACACUCAGGGACUGUGGACUAGGACUUGGUUUCCCGCAGCAGCAGUCGCAGCGACUCCUUAUGCACCAGCUCAUAAACGGGACUGUUAUGUGUGUUAUAAAUUAGUAGUAAAACUGGAGUAAGUUAGUCAUUUGGUUACAGUAAACACUCCUUGUUGGAACAGCCCAUUGAUUUUAUUUUUUAAAUUGAAUUUACACUAAAUCAAAACGUUUAAAAUCCUCAGAACUGUUGAGUAUAAUCAGUUUAAAUUCACAUUUCCUUGUGUUGGUGAUGAACAGUAGUUUAUUUAACUGAACUCAUGUUUCCCGAAGUCUGAAAGGUGUCCACGAGUAAUUUGAUAAAACAGUAGUAAUAAUAAUAA